AAAGCUUGUCACGUGACAGCGCUGACGCGUUCACGUGACACUGUAGGCAGUACUUUGAUUUUAGCCAUGUAGAUUUCUAGCGAGGUUAUUUUUUUGCUUCUUCUUCUUUUUUUUUCUUUUGUUAUUACGCUUACACAAGGAAACAUCCGUAUGUCGACAUCCUGCAGCUACAGAAAGACCAUUAAAGCAAGCUGUAGACAUUUUUUAUUAUUAUUUGGACUCACAUGACGCUUGUGUCAUCUCAUAACCUCUUCGUUACAGUGUGCAGGCAGGGCAGGUGAUUCUAGAAAUGAAAUGGAGAUCCGGAGGGUGAAUUACACAGUUCUCUUCUUCUGGACUUUCUGCUUUAUUGGAACCGCCGAGACCCACAAUGUUUCUACUCCAAAUAUUAUCAUAAUGCUUAUGGAUGAUAUGGGAUGGGGUGAUCUAGGUGUAUUUGGUGAGCCCUCUAAAGAAACCCCACAUCUGGAUAUGAUGGCCUCUCAGGGGAUGCUGUUCCCCAACUUCUACACUGCAAAUCCACUCUGUUCUCCAUCCAGAGCCGCAUUGCUUACAGGGCGUCUUCCAAUCCGGAAUGGAUUCUACACCACCAACGCACAUGCCAGGAACGCCUAUACACCUCAAGAGGUCGUGGGAGGAAUUGCACAGGAUGAGAUCCUGUUGCCUCAGAUCUUAAAAAAACAAGGCUAUGUCAGCAAGAUCAUUGGCAAGUGGCACCUUGGACACAGAAAGCAGCAUCUGCCUCUGGAGCAUGGCUUUGACCAGUUCUUCGGUUCUCCAAACUGCCAUUUUGGACCCUACAACGAAAGUGUGUGUCCCAAUAUCCCUGUCUAUAACAACUCCCAAAUGAUUGGAAGGUAUUAUGAGGAAUUUAAAAUCAACAGGAAAACCGGGGAAUCAGACCUCACACAGCAGUUUUUAUGGGAAGCAUUGGACUUCAUCUCACACCAAAACACAGCCCAUCAGCCUUUUUUUCUCUACUGGGCCCCAGAUGCCACACACGAACCAGUUUAUGCUUCCAAGCAAUUCCUGGGGCGGAGUCAGCGGGGACGCUACGGUGAUGCUGUGAUGGAGCUGGACCACAGUGUGGGGAAGAUUUUGGCUCAGUUGUUUGAGCUGAACAUCGAAAACAACACAUUUGUGUUUUUCACUUCCGAUAAUGGUGCUGCAGUGAUGUCUGGACCAGGGCGAAGUGGCAGUAAUGGCCCAUUCCUGUGCGGAAAGGAGACAACUUUUGAGGGAGGAAUGAGGGAGCCUGCUAUUGCUUGGUGGCCUGGACGAAUCCCAGCAGGCACGGUGAGCUAUCAGUUGGGCACCGUGAUGGAUCUCUUCACUACCAGCCUCGCUCUAGCCGGCCUUAAUGCUCCUGAUGACCGGAUCAUCGAUGGCCUGGAUCUGAGUUCCACCCUCUUUAACAAUUCAGUAUUAGAAAGGCCCGUUUUCUAUUACCGUGGCAAUGAGAUGAUGGCAGUGCGGGUCGGGCUGUACAAGGCGCAUUAUUGGACGUGGACCAACUCAUGGGAGGAGUUUAAUCAGGGUAUAAACUUUUGUCCUGGCCAGGAGGUUCCUGGGGUCACCAAUCACACCCAGCAGGAGCACACCAUGCAGCCACUCAUCUUCCAUCUGGGACGGGACCCGGGCGAGAAACAACCGAUCAGCGUCCUGUCUGAGGAAUAUCUGGAAGUUCAGAGACAUAUCAACGCCAUAGUGGAGCAGCAUAAGAGGACCCUUGUGCCCGGAGAGCCACAGCUGAACAUGUGUGAUCUGGCAGUGAUGAAUUGGGCUCCACCAGGAUGUGAGAAGUUGGGGAAGUGUCUCAAACCACCACCGUCUAAGCCGUGGAAAUGUGACUGGCCCCACUGAUGCAUCCAAUAAAUAUGUUUAUAUAAUAAUGAAAACUGAUAUCACUGACCAGAAAACAAAAAUCAUAAGCACUGUACAGUUCAUUUUUGUAUAAUAUUUAUCUAAAGAUUCUGUUUGCAAUCAUAAUAGGUAUUUGGGUUCUUUAAUUACUUUUAAUGAAAAGGGAAAUUUAAAAUAUAUAUAUAAUAAGGGAAAUUAAAAAUCAUUCAAAUUUUACUGGCUGGUGUCAUUAUCAUUUUUAAAAUUUAAUUUUGUUAACUUCGCCAAUUUUAUGUUUGUUUCCUCCCAAUGACAUUAUAACCAAUAGAAAAAAAAAGUACUGUGUAAGAUUAGAGUUUAUAAUUUUACAUUUGAAAUCUUUAGUAAAGGUUUGUGACUGUUUUCAAGAGUGUCUCAACUUGAUAUCUUGUUCCCUACGUCAUAAAUUGAAUGAGCAUUUAGCCAUAUUUUAUCCCAAUGUAGAAAUUAUGCUAAGACAAUGUAGAUAAUGUUUGUCGUUUAGUGAUAUCACAUGAUGCACCUCCAAAUGUAGGGUAUGGCCUGACUAAUCCAGUGCAUCUCAGAAUGUUUAUCUCAUUACUUCUAAAGUAAUGGACAUUGUAAUCUUGGGCAGAUUAAGCAAGUAAUCUUAAUUUGUCAUUGGGAAACUGAAACCUGACUACCUCAGUAGCCGAUUGCCAAAAGUAAGAGAAAAAAGAGAGAAAAACGACAUUGCUGGAGAAGGCGGCCUCUUCUUUGAGUCUGAUACAGGCUCCUGACAAAAACUCCUCAAAUUUCUACAGAAUGUGUGAUUUAUAUGAUGAAAUAAUUAUAUAAAUACUAAUACUUAUUUGAGAAAUUAUUUUUUUGGACUCUGUAUCCACUGUGAACUUGAGUAGGAUAACGUGUUGAUUGAAGAUGAUUUUUUGAAUAAAGGAUAUUUUUACACACCA